GGAAAAAGGGUAGGAAAGCCAGCCCGCUAAAAGGGGGUUAGCGUUGAACGGCAUCCUGGUCCGACCCUGCAGCACUUGGAUUUAGGCCUAACUGGAUUGCAGCAAUGCAUCUCAACGACAUCGCAUCUCCGUUUCUAUAAUAUACCUACCCAACUACAAUAUCAUACCAACGCCGAGUUACCCGAAUAAUAGAUUCCUACGAAGGAGAAGGGAAAAUAUGUCCACUAAGAAGGAUAUGCGAAGGCCAGACCUGGUCGUCCCGUACCAGGAGCCCGCGCCCAAGUCCGGCGAUAGCGCCGAAAUCUCCUCGACCCUCUCAUCCACACUCCCCAUGGCCGCCAUAUUUACGCGGAACAGGUAUAUCGGCUGGGCCUCGGUCGUCAUCAGCAUCCAGAACUGGCUCGGCGAGAGUGAGGAGACCAGUAAGAGCAGCGCCAGCACUCCCGGGUACUUCACCAUUGGCAUGUCCGCCAUGGCCCUCGCCGUAACCUACCUCCCGAUGUUUCUUCCGCCGCCGCCCAACCAAGCCACCAGCACCGGGCCCGCAGCCCCAGCCGCUGCUUAGGGAUAUCUAGCAGCAUGAUCUAUGAUCUAUGAUAACAAGCUAAAACAGGCCUUCCUGCUUAUACGUGGGAAGAGGAGCCGUAGCAGGAAUCGGAAACCCUCGAAAGACCCGGGAGAAUAAUUGUAAGACCAUCGAAGGAGGCGGGAUAAUGUAGUAAUUCACUUAAACCCAAGAGACAUGUACCGCACCGGGGUUUCACUCCAGAGCCGGAUUACGGCAGAAGCGAUGAUUUAGUCCCCAAGCCCCGGGAUCCGGGUCUUGUAAAUAUAUAAAUAUCAGUAUAAACCUGGUCUUAGAAUCAAUUGCAAAUCAUUUGAAGGAAACAGUUACGGCCGCAACAACGGACAGUUAGCAACUCUUUAAGGGUUAUACCUGGGUACCAUUAUAGAUCCACGACGCAAAUUCAAAGGUUCAGUUAUGCACUCAAGUUGAUAUGAGACACGAGUAUGGAAAGGUGAAAAGGAGCCAACCACCUAAGUAGUCAAGCAAAGCUUUAAGACGAAUUAUCUUAACCAAGACACCUAUUGUACUCAUUCCCUUCCCCUUGCCCCCUAACCCCCUACCUCAUCCCCACCACCCC